AUGGCUCAGCCCAAGGGCACCGUGGUCCUGGCCUACAGCGGGGGCCUCGACACCUCCUGCAUCCUGGUGUGGCUGAAGGAGCAGGGCUACGACGUCGUCGCCUACUUGGCCAACAUUGGGCAGAAGGAAGAUUUCGAGGCAGCACGAAAGAAGGCGCUGGCACUGGGGGCUAAGAAGGUUUACAUCGAGGACAUCAGCAAGGAGUUCGUGGAGGAGUUCAUCUGGCCGGCGGUGCAGGCCAACGCUCUCUACGAGGACCGGUACCUGCUGGGCACCGCGCUGGCCCGGCCCUGCAUCGCCCGCAACCUGGUGGAGAUCGCCCAGGGCAAUGACCAGGUUCGGUUCGAGCUCACCUGCUACGCCCUGUGUCCUAAGAUCAAGGUUGUCGCGCCGUGGAGGCUGCCCGAGUUUUACCAGCGCUUCCCUGGGCGCCGCGAGCUGAUGGACUACGCCAAGAAACACGGGAUCCCAGUGCCCGUGACGCCCCAGACACCGUGGAGCAUGGAUGAAAACCUCAUGCACAUCAGGUGAGAAGCCAGGCGGGCAGGGAGCUCCUGUGGGGUGCGAACCUAGAGCCUGGGGCCCCCCAAUCCCCCCGUCCUGCUUAUUUUAUUUAAUAGGGGUGUCCCCGUGAAGGUCACCAACGCCGGGGACGGAGCCACUCGUUGCUCGGCCCUGGAGCUCUUCGUGUACCUGAACGACAUCGCGGGCAAGCACGGGGUCGGGCGCAUCGACAUCGUGGAGAACCGCUUCGUUGGGAUGAAGUCCAGAGGUAUCUAUGAGACCCCAGCGGGAACGAUCCUAUACCAUGCGCAUUUAGAUAUCGAGGCCUUCACCAUGGACCGGGAAGUGCGGAAAAUCAAGCAGGGGCUUGCCUUGAAAUUCUCCGAGCUGGUGUACAACGGUUUCUGGCACAGCCCCGAGUGUGAGUUCCUCCGGCAGUGCAUCGCGCGCUCGCAGGAACCGGUGGUGGGCACCGUGCGGCUCUCCGUCUUCAAGGGCCAGGUCUACAUCCUGGGCAGGGAGUCCCCACGGUCGCUGUACAACGAGGAGCUGGUGAGCACUGCUGUCCUGCCUGGGGCAAUGUCCCCUGCCUGGGACCCCCUGCCCGGGGCAAUGUCCCUGCCCACCAUGGGACAGCCUUUGCCGGGGACAGCGCGGGCGCAGGGCGAGCAUCCCCGCUUGACGCAGGGAGGAAGGGAAAUGUGUGUUAUUACUGUUAAUUUACAAUUAAUUUUUUUUUUUUUAAAUCCGGUUUCCAGGCUGAAGGAAUAUCAUCGUCUCCAGAGCAAGGUCACUGAAAAGCAGGAUGAAUAGCAAUCAAUCGCACGCGAGCCUCCCGCUCUCCUUUCUAAUUUCUCUAAGAACUAGCACUAAUUGUGGUGGUAAUUUGUAAUUGUA